AUGUAUUCAGGUGAAUCAAAAGAGGCAUUAAAAGAAUUUAUUUGGAAAAAUCCAAGAACAUCUUCAACCAAAUACUGCCGACCAAUUCAUAUACAAUUUCAAAAAGAAACGACCGAAUUGAUACAAAACGAAGUAUCAAAUAUAUCGAAUCAAAUUCAAAACUUGGUAUCUUCAAUAGUUAAUUUGGGAAAUGACGAUUUUGUAUCAGUAAAACAUGAGCUUGUGUUAACUAUGAUCGAUGGAAAAGUAUGUAAUGCUAUAUCAGAUAAUAAGUCGGCACAAAAAUGUUAUAUAUGUGGUGCAGGGCCAAAAGAUAUGAACAAUUUAAAUACGAUAAAACAACGUCCAAUUGAUCCAUCAACACUUUCAUUUGGUUUAUCAUCCUUGCAUGCUUGGAUAAGGUUUUUUGAAUGCCUCAUUCAUGUUGCGUAUCGAUUAGGUUUUAAAAAAUGGCAAGCACGGGGAGAUGACCAAGAAAUGUUAAAGAAAAAGAAAAAGGAAAUACAAACUAAGUUUAGACAAGAAUUGGGUCUGUUGAUUGAUCAACCUCGUCCUGGAGGAAGUGGCACGACUAAUAAUGGUAACACGGCCAGACGAUUUUUUUCUAAUCCAGACGUAUCAUCUUCUAUAACCGGUGUUGAUAAAAAUAUCAUAGUACGAUUCAAAGUUAUACUUGAAGUUAUAUCAUCAGGUGAACAAAUUAAAGGAGUUGAAUUCAAUAAUUAUGCAUUUGAGACAGCUCAAUUAUUCAUUAGUAAAUAUCCAUGGUUUUAUCUACCAGCAUCCGUUCACAAAAUUUUGAUUCACGGAACACAAAUUGUUGAAAAUGCCAUAUUGCCAAUCGGUUUAUUAUCAGAAGAAGCACAGGAAGCUAAGAAUAAAGAUAUGAAGAGGUUUAGGGAAAAUAACACAAGAAAAAUAUCCAGAAAACAUACAAUGGAAGAUUUAUUUAAUAACUUGCUCAUUUCAUCAGAUCCACUUAUUUCGAGUAGAAGAAAAAUUAGCAAUAAAAAAUCAACCACAUUAUGCGAUGAAGCAAAACUGCUUGUAUGUAUUGUAGGAGAAAAUAAAGAGGAUUUUUACAUUAAUGAGGAAAAUAGUGAAGACGAAUUUAUGGAGUACGAAUAAUUAAAUUGAAAACAACUAGCAUAU